AACACAUUUAAAAUUGUAAGCUACUAGCCUCUGGUUUCGUUUGUCAAGUCGUGUUAUUCGUACGCUUGUGCUAUUGUUAGUUGUUGUCGAUUGCUAUAUUUACUCAAUUUAAGUGAAGUAUUUCACAAAACUGCUAUUCACAUAUCCCCCAGCACACAGCUUACCUUCAGGAUAGUGGCAAACCUACUUAAAACUGAAAGUUAAACAGAAUUAUUUGUUCUGCACUUUAUCUUGUUAAAUCAUGGCUGAUGAUGCCGCCAGAAAGCUGCAGUUCGAGUACAAAAUCAACUCCAACCUUGUACUCUCAACAGAUCGGUCCCUCAUCGACAGACGUCCAAGGGAUGAAUCCACCGGAGAGGUGUUAAGUUUAGCUGGGAAAAUUCGUGCUCAAGAAAUGGGGCACAAGUCGCAAAGAACAAAACCACCCAUGUUGCAUGAGAAACGAGCGAAACGUCAAAAACGUGACGAGUCCCAACAGGACGCUUUGAAAUUGAAAGGAGCUAGCUUACUAAACGAUGAUUUCAACGAUAUAGCUGGAAUCAUGUACCACCCUAAGACACCAGACACUCGGAAAACCUAUGAAUACAUUCUUCACUGCAUUCAAGAGGCUUUAGGUGAUCAGUCACGUGAAAUCCUAUGCGGAGCAGCAGAUGAAGUUAUAGCCACUUCUAAGAAUGUUCAUUUAAAAGACAAAGAGAAAAGGAAGGAAACAGAGUCCUUGUUAGGUCCUCUCGUUGAUGAGAGGUAUAACAUUAUUGUCAACCUUUGCAAGAAAAUCACAGACUGGAAAGAAGAAGAACCUGGUUCUACCGCGGUCACUAACUCCAAUGACAGUAUUGAUCAAACGUAUGGCGUAAAUGUUCAGUUUGAAGAAUCAGACCAAGAGGAUGAGGAAGAUGCAUUUGGGGAGGUCAAAGAAGAAGAUGAUGAAGAUGAACCAGAUGGGGAGGAGGCCGUUGUAGAGAUGACUUUACAGUCUCGUAAAAAUGAGUCAGUUAUUACCGCUCACCAAAAUGCUGAAAAUUUACAUCCUCGAGAUAUUGAUGCGUUUUGGUUGCAACGUAACCUUGCGAAGCAUUGUAAAGACCCGAUACUUGCUCAGGCGAAAGCUCGCGAAUGUCUGGAAAUUCUUCAGUCAGCUUCUGAUGAUAGGGAUCUAGAAAACCGUUUAGUUCGUGCCCUCGGUUAUGAGCAGUUCGACUUUGUCAAAAUUUUACGCAAACAUAGACUUAUGGUUUUGCACUGUAUUUUAUUGGCACAAGCACAAACAGUUCAGGAACGUAGUCAAAUGGAGGCAAAAAUGCGUAGCGACCCUACAUUAGCCAAAGUAUUGCAUGAAUUAAGAGAAACAGAAAAUUCUGCAGAUUUAGUCGCUGAAGAACGUCAAAGAAAAAAUGUUCAGCGUGUCGUCCGUGUUCAGGCUGAUAUGGAGCAUGAAAAUAUGAACGAUGAAGGUUUUCACUUGUCUGAAGACGGUGCUAUCGGUGUUGCAAAUAUCGUUGACUUAGAGGGUCUAGCUUUUUCGCAAGGAGGACAUUUAAUGGCAAACAAGAGAUGUCAGUUACCCGAUGGUUCAUUUCGAAAGCAGAAAAAAGGUUACGAAGAAGUACAUGUACCACCUUUACGCCAAAAACCAUUAGAACCAGGCGAAACUCUAAUAAAAAUUGAAAAACUACCUGCGUAUGCACAAGCUGCCUUUGAAGGUUGCAAGACUCUCAACUUAAUUCAAAGUCGAUUAUACCAUGCUGCUAUGGAAACGGAUGAAAAUUUGCUGCUAUGUGCCCCUACUGGUGCCGGUAAAACAAAUGUAGCUUUAUUGUGUAUUAUGCAUGAACUUGGCAAAUUUAUUAAUCCUGAUGGUACCAUAAAUAAAGAUGAAUUCAAACUUAUUUACAUUGCACCUAUGCGAUCUUUGGUACAAGAAGUUGUUGGUAAUUUUAAUAAGUUGUUAAGCAGUUAUGGUAUUAAGGUUGAUGAACUUACUGGUGAUCACCAACUUAGUCGUGAACAAAUUUAUGAAACACAAGUUAUCGUAUGCACACCAGAAAAAUGGGAUGUAAUCACACGUCGUGGUGGGGAUGAGCGAGCUUAUAUACAGUUGGUUAGAUUAAUUAUUUUUGACGAAAUUCAUCUACUACACGAUGAUCGUGGUCCAAUACUGGAAGCUAUUGUUGCACGAACUUUACGUGCUGUAGAGAACACAUCCGGUCUAGCCGUUUCUAAUGAUAUUGGCGGUGGAGGUGGUGUUCGUCUUGUCGGUUUGAGUGCUACGCUACCAAAUUAUGAAGAUGUAGCGACGUUUCUACGAGUUGAUUGUUCGAAAGGAUUAUUUCAUUUUGAUAACAGUUAUCGUCCUGUACCAUUAGAACAACAAUAUAUUGGAAUAACUGAGAAAAAAGCUGUAAAACGUUAUCAAAUAAUGAAUGAUAUUGUUUAUGAUAAAGUAAUGGAACAUGCUGGACGUAAUCAAAUUUUAAUAUUUGUUCAUAGUCGUAAAGAAACUGGAAAAACAGCACGUACAUUAAGAGAUGCAUGUUUAGAAAAAGAUACUUUAGGUAUAUUUAUGAAAGAAAAAAAUGCAUCGGCUGUUGUUCUACGUCAAGAAGCCGAACAAGUAAAAAAUCCUGAACUUAAAGAUUUACUUCCUUACGGAUUUGGUAUACAUCAUGCUGGUAUGAGCCGUGUUGAUCGUACUUUAGUUGAAGAUUUAUUCGCUGAUCGACAUAUUCAAGUUUUAGUCUCUACUGCUACAUUAGCUUGGGGUGUUAAUCUACCAGCUCAUACGGUAUUGAUUAAAGGAACUCAGAUUUAUAGUCCAGAAAAAGGACGUUGGACGGAAUUAGGUGCUUUGGAUGUUAUGCAAAUGCUUGGCCGUGCUGGUCGCCCUCAAUAUGAUACGAAAGGUGAAGGUAUACUGAUUACAAAUCAUACAGAGUUACAAUAUUAUUUAAGUUUAAUGAAUCAACAACUUCCAAUUGAAAGUCAGCUGGUCUCACGUUUGGCUGAUUUACUUAAUGCAGAAAUAGUUUUAGGUACUGUAACAACUAUUCGUGAAGCAGUAACUUGGUUGGGUUACACUUAUCUAUACAUUCGUAUGCUUCGAAACCCCACGUUAUAUGGUGUACCACAAGGUAGUGAAAAGGAUGACCCUUGGCUUGAACAAUAUCGUCGAGAUUUAGUGCAUACAGCAGCAAUAGAAUUAGAACGUUCACAGUUAAUUCGUUAUGAUAGACGUUCAGGAUGUUUGCAGUCAACUGAACUUGGUCGAAUCGCAUCACAUUACUACUUAACUCAUACAACUGUACUUUCAUACAAUAAAUUGCUUCGUCCGGGUUUGGGUGAAAUCGAAUUAUUCCGUGUGUUUGCUGCCAGUUCUGAAUUCAAACAUAUGACUGUUCGACAGGAAGAACGAUUUGAAUUAGCCAAACUUCUUGAACGUGUUCCGAUUCCAAUCAAAGAAUCUCCUGAAGAACCUUCAGCUAAAAUCAACUGUUUAUUACAAGCAUAUAUUUCUGGAUUGAAAUUAGAAGGAUUCUCUUUAAUGUCUGACAUGGUUUAUAUUACUCAGUCAGCUGGUCGACUUGUACGAGCAAUCUUUGAAAUUGUUCUUCAUCGAGGUUGGGCUGAAUUAGCAGAUAAUGCACUCACGUUGGCCAAAAUGAUUGAACGUCGUAUGUGGGAAUCAAUGUGUCCUUUGCGUCAGUUUAAAAAGUUACCAGAUGAAGUUAUUCGUAAAUUAGAGAAGAAAUCAAUACCAUUUGAUCGUUUGUAUGAUAUGAAUCAUCAUGAAUUAGGUGAGUUGGUACGGUUACCUAAAUUAGGUAGACCUCUACAUAAAUACCUCCAUCAAUUACCUCGUCUAGAAAUGAGCGUACAUGUUCAACCAAUUACAAGAUCAGCUUUACGUGUUGAGCUAACUUUAACACCUGAUUUUAUUUGGGAUGAAAAAGUACACUCAACAAAUCAAGCGUUUUGGAUAUUUGUUGAAGAUGUUGAUGGAAACAGUGUAUUACAUCAUGAAUUCUUUGUAUUAAAACAACGUUAUGGAACAGAAGAGCAUGUUUUACGAUUUGUUUUACCAAUAUUCGAUCCAUUGCCACCACAUUAUUAUAUAACCGCUGUAUCUGAUCGUUGGAUUGGUGGUGAGGUAACUUUACCAGUAUCAUUUAGACAUUUAAUAUUACCGGAAAAAACAAUACCACCUACUGAAUUAUUGGAUCUACAACCACUUCCAGUGACCGCAUUAAGAAACAAAGAUUUUGAAGCAUUAUACACAGAUCGUGUCAAAGUAUUCAAUCCUAUACAAACACAGGUUUUCAAUUCCCUAUAUAAUUCAGAUGAGAAUGUCUUAAUAGCAGCUCCAACUGGAAGUGGCAAGACAGUUUGUGCUGAAUUAGCAAUAUUUCGUUUAAUAACUACACAUAAUAGUAGUUCAACAAAUCAGACAGAUUCUUCAGGUACAACUGCCAAUUUUCGGUGUAUUUACGUUUUACCACCACAUGAAGAACAAGUGGAACAACGUUAUAUUGAUUGGGCAAGUCGAUUUGGUGAGAAGUUAGGUAAACGUGUCGUUCGAUUAACUGGAGAAACCUCUGUGGACUUAAAAUUAUUAGCUCGUGGGAAUAUCAUAGUAACUACACCAGAACACUGGGAUGUGCUAUCCAGAAGAUGGAAACAACGUAAAAAUGUACAAAAUAUCAAUUUAUUUAUUGCAGACAAUUUACAUUUAGUUGGUUCUGAAGGCGGCUCAGUGUUAGAAGUGGUGUGUUCAAGAAUGCGUUACAUCAGUAGUCAAGUGGAUAAUCCAAUUCGUAUAAUUGGCUUGUCUCAUAGUCUUACCAAUGGUCGUGAUAUUGCUAGCUGGCUUGGUUGUACUUCUGGAGCAACUUACAAUUUUCCACCUGCUACUAGACCCAUUCCUUUAGAAUUGACUAUUAUGCCGUUCAAUAUUCCACACCAAGCGUCUCGUUUGUUAGCGAUGACUAAACCUGUUUAUCAACUAAUAACACGACUAGCAUUUACCCCAAGUCCUGCGGGUAGCUCACAGCAUUCUCAGCGUAAACCAACUUUAGUUUAUGUGCCUACCAGACGUCAAACACAAAGAGCUGCUCUCGAUUUGAUAACCAUGUUCGCUGUCAGCAAUGCAACAUCUAAAUUUCAAACUAUUUCAAGUCACUUGGAAGAAGCUUUAUCUCGUGCCGCUGAUCAGUUAGCAGAUAGAGCAUUAGCUGAAGUUAUUCGUCAUGGUGGCGGUGUAGCUUAUUUACAUGAAGCUAUCUCAAAACCAGAUCGUCGAUUAAUUGAAGUGUUAUUCGCUGCCGGUGCAUUACAUACCUUGGUUGUAUCACGUGCGCUUGUUUGGGCUGCAGCCUCACCAAAUCCAUUGACAGCCUAUCUUGUAAUUGUAAUGGAUACACAAGAUUAUAAUGGAAAGAUUCAUGCUUAUGAAGAUUAUCCAAUAGUUGAUUUGAUUGAGAUGUUAGGGCAUGCUAAUCGUCCGAAUAUCGAUAGUGAAGCUAAAGCUGUUGUAUUAUGUCAAACUGGAAAGAAAGAAUUCUUGAAAAAAUUCCUUCAUGAUCCAUUACCAGUGGAAUCACAUCUAGAUCAUGCUCUACAUGAUCAUUUCAACGCUGAAAUAGUCACCAAAACUAUUGAAAAUAAACAAGAUGCUGUGGAUUAUUUAACAUGGACUUUUCUCUAUCAACGUAUGACACAAAAUCCAAAUUAUUAUAAUUUACAGGGUGUGACACAUCGACAUUUAAGUGACCACCUAAGUGAAUUAGUCGAGACCACAUUGAAUGAUCUGGAGACAUCCAAAUGUAUUUCUAUAGAAGAUGGUAUUGAUUUGGCUCCAUUAAAUUUGGGCAUGAUAUCGGCGUACUAUUAUAUUCAGUACAACACAAUAGAAUUAUUCAGUUUAUCAUUAACAGCUAAAAUGAAAAUUCGUGGUUUAUUAGAUGUGAUUAGUAAUGCAGCUGAAUUUGAUAUAUUAUUACCUGUACGACAUCAUGAAGAUAUAUUAUUACGUCAAUUAAGUGUAAAAGUACCACAGAAAUUAGCACCAAAAGCUAAAUUUUCUAGUCCACAUGUUAAAGCAAAUUUAUUAUUACAAGCACAUUUAUCACGUUUACAAUUACCAAAUGAAAUGCAAACAGAUACUGAUCGUUUAUUAAGUUGUACUAUACGUUUAAUUCAAGCUUGUGUAGAUGUUUUAUCCAGUAAUAGUUGGUUAGGUCCUGCUUUAGCAGCUAUGGAACUAUCACAAAUGUGUACACAAGCUGUAUGGCAUAAAGAUUCUUAUUUACGUCAAAUACCACAUUUUACAGCUGAACGUAUUAAUCAAUGUAAAGAAAAUAAAGUGGAAACUGUAUUUGAUUUAAUUGAAUUAGAAGAUGAAGAACGUAAUCAAUUACUAGAUGGAUUAACACAAGUUCAAAUGGCUGAUGUAGCUAGAUUUUGUAAUCGUUAUCCAAAUAUUGAAAUUACUUAUGAAAUUACCACAAAUAAUGGAAAUAAUGCAUUAAAAACACCUAUACGAACUGGUGAAACAUUAACUGUACAAGUAUCGUUAGAACGUGAAGAAGAUAAUGUGGGUCCAGUUAUAGCACCGUUUUUCUCUCAGGUAAGAUUAUUUAUACUUUUUUACAGUAUAUCAUUAUUUAUUAAAAUACAUCAGUAUUGGUAUAAGUAAGCGUUCAAACAAAUAUACGUCAUACAAUAAAAAAUGAGAUUCUCAAGAGAUAGAAGAAGGUGAGUAUAAUCAACAUUAGUGAAAGGGAGAAUUAGUUCAACCGUUCCGGAAUCCGUUUUUGCGUGGGUGGAGAUGAUGAAAGGAUAUUGUUUUUCUCACGGUUUUCUUCCCACUUAUAGAGCUUUCAAAUCUAACGCUACAUAAUGACUGUUAAUAAGGAUCCAGGCGGUUAGUGCUGCCUCAGAUGUGGCACUCAUUGAGACAUGAACGCCAGAAAAACCAGGCGAACACGCCACAGCGUCCCGGAUAAACGCACGUGAAAUAAGCCUUCCGAAGUGACAAACGUAGAGUGAAUUCGUAGUACUUCACUGGAGUCUUGAAUACAGGUUUCGGAUGGACAAGACAUCGAUAUUACGGUUUUCUAAAGACAACCGACUAUAUCUGCUGUCUCGUCUGCAUUAGUAUGCGAACGUUGAAGGAGGUCAGUUUGAAUGGAACAAGUGAUUUGAGAAGGGUUAAUUUAAAAUCCUUAUUCAAUGGUAGCACUCAGCUUUCGACCAUUCAGUGACUUGAGAUCAUUUGAAUAGGACAAGGUUUCCACCAUAGGCGAUCUGCUUUGUGAGAUGAAAAAUAGAAAUAAACAGAAUGUUAAUAAAAAGGAUGUGUAAAUUAAGUCUUUAUGUAACUAAGUACUUGCAACAGUUGUUCAUGUAGAUAGCGAGUACAAACCACUUUGUUACUUUUGUGUGGGCAAAGAUGCUGCCCGGGUGCCAAGAUGGUUUUCUCAGAUGGGCCCUCCUUGAUCCUUUGACCUAAAGGUUUAGUCCACAAAGCUGUGUAGCAAUGUGAUGAGAUGUGGUCCCGUGGUAGCCGGUAACCAUGACUAGGUUAAUAACCCAUUUGUUCCCUCAGGAUCCUGGAGCCUGUUUUCACCAUUGGUAUAAAAUCAUGAUUUUAUAACCCCUACGUGGGUCAUUCGUAUCUACUAACGCAGUUUUAACGCUACAUAUUCGAUUUUCAUCUUCUCAGUUGUGUAAACAAUAGCCGUUCCGUAAGAAGACAGUGAAUAGGAUUUACUCGUUAGUGAAAGAGUUAAUGAAUUCUCACUCAUGGUCUUACUGGGGCAUUUAUUGUCGUUGUUUUUAUAAUCACUAUAAUGAUAAAUACAACUUCAAUUAAAUUACAAAACACUUAAAUUUGUAGAAUUGUUGAAAGUGUGGAUAGCUUGAUUGUAAAAAAAAUUGUUGCAUAUUUAUCCAUUCUAAUUUUAAUCUUAAUUGUAAUCCCAUUUAAUGUCUAAUAAUGCUUUCAAUCAGUGAAAUUUCUAAAAUCUCCACGAAACCCAUUCUGAUAAUAAUCAUCCGCUCACUAGUGACUGACUUCAAGAGAUACUCCUGGAGUUUUAGUGAGAAGUCGUUACCAGUGGAGUUCAACCAGGUCUGUUGUGAGAUAUCAGCUCACUGAAGACAAUGGUGAACGGUGGCACAACUUCGUGAAUUGGUUGAAGUUAGACAUUAACAUCGUUGGAUGCCGGCUCAGUGGUCUAGUUUGUUAAGCGCCUGGUGCGAGACUGAUAGGUCCUGGGUUGGAAUCUCGAGGGGUGCGGCAUCGUAAAUGCGCACUGCUGGGGAGUCCCACAAUAGGACAAAACGGCCAUCCAAUGCUUCCAGGUUUUCCAUGGUGGUCUAGCUUCAAUUGACUCAUGAUUUCAAUCAGUGAAAUUUCUAAAAUCUCCACAAAACCCAUUCUGAUAAUAAUGAUUUCUUUCUCUCAUUGAUUGGAAUAUAAAUUUUUAACAUUUGUUAUUAAAGUAUUACUGAUCUCAAACAUACUUAUAGUUGUGGUGUGUAUAUCUUAAAAUUUUCGUUUUGAGUAUUUAAGAUUUAGAUAUGUUUUUACAUUUCCUAACAACAUUCAAUAAAACAACCUCUGCGUUAGUUUUCAGCUAACUCGAAAUCUGAGGAACAUUAGCAACAGUCAAAUUGUUUUCUUUGAUCCUCGAAAAUGUAAAUUUGUGAAGAUAUUUUUUUUGGAUUUAAUACUAGAUUAACAUCUUAACUAUCGAUAAAGUAUUGAUUUAAUGACCAUAAGCUAGAACUUACCCGGUGUCAGAAUAACCCUAGUUUUUUUAUCGUCUACCAAAAUCUUACCAUAAUUUUAUCUAAACUGAAAUGAGUAAUACUCUGUUACAUUUAUUUGUAUAUUGAGCAUAUCUUAGGCGAGACGUCCAUGAUCAUAGCUAAUCAACAAUUUAUAACAUAUAUAUGUCAGUAACAACUUUUUGCCAUUGAAUGUGAUCAUAUUUUUAUCUGUAAAUCAAAUUACAGAUUUAGCUAGAUAAACCUGUUAUUUUAAUUCUUGUUAUUUUGUAGCCCCGUGAAGAAGGUUGGUGGUUGGUAGUUGGAGAAGUAAAAACAAAUUCAUUAGUUGCAAUCAAGCGCCUAUUUGUUUCACAAUCAAUGAAAGUUCGCUUAGAUUUGAGUGCACCAAACCAUUCAGGUCGUCAUGAAUUCACGUUGUUUUUUAUGUCAGAUGCGUAUAUGGGUUGUGAUCAAGAGUAUAAAUUUCAAAUUGAAGUACGUGAAGGAGGUGGAGGGACAGGUGGACGAAGCCAUAAUGACUAACGAAAUCUAACAUAACUGUUAAUUAUUUUGUCCAUACAUAUACAAACCCUUGUACACAACCACUUACCGUUUUCUUUUAUACACAUCUCUUGUAGUAUUCUGUUUGUUUUCUUGUGCCGUUAAGAGUAAUUGUAUAUAUAGUAGUUUUAUUCUAAAUUUAUUGCAUGAAACGCUCCGCAAUCAGUUCGUGAAAUUGAGAGACACUUUUUACUAUUUUGAAAGAGUAAGGAUGACGCUGAAAGCGGUUUGGUCACCUCUGAUAAUGUCAGUAGUCAGACUCUUAAGAAAAUUAUUCUAUCAGUUUAACCUUACUCUAACUUCAUCAGUAACCGGGUUUUGGGGAAAUAUACUAUGACUAUAGAACGUUUUAAGAAAGUAUCAGAAAAAUAAAUAAGUAAAUGUCACGAUGAGGUUUACAAUCCAUAUUAUAAUAAUAGAACUUAUUUAAAAAGUACGAAUUUUUUCACUCGC